GUCUCCUUGAAGCGAGCAUGACGAUUGUCGGACAUGAGUAGAUCAGUCCUGUCACUCCAGUGCAUGGUUGACUCGUCCUAGAAGUGAUUUUGGUUGGUAGCGCCUCUGCUCCUCUCGCUUCUGAGGCGAGUGCCAGUGGGUACGCUGUAGCAACAAGUCGACGCUAGAGGAAGUUUCGCAUCUUCUACUACCUGUUCUUCUAUGUGCUGACCAGAAUCGAUCAUGCGGCAAUUGAAUUUGAUACCUGCUGGCGUGCAGAGCUGGCACCGUUCUGUGAUAACGACCGCUAUUGAUCCUGGCACGGGAGCUAUGCUCUUCGCCUACGCUUCUGUGAUCGCCGUAUAUGUGUACCGGAAGGAGAGCGCCACACACGACCCUGUCCUCUGGAAAAUUCUCACCGGCCAUACGAAGCCCAUUCGCUGCAUUGCAUGGGCAGAGCACAACUCGAAUUUUCUUGCGACAGCUGGAACCGACGGCCUCGUACUUGCUUGAUCUAUAUUUUUAUCUAGCAUGGAAAAAUAUAUCAACAUCGCAUCGUCAGAGGAUGCACCCUGGAGUCAUGGGUGCUAGCCUUGCCUCUUUUGGUGAGAGCACUCAUCUUCCUCCUUCUUAAGCCCUAGAUGAGAACUCGGGUGGCUGAAGCGUGGCUGAAGCGUGGAUCGCCAAACAGAGUAUUCGGAUCCUAUUGAGGCCGCAAUGCGGUUUAUCAGUAUCUUCCGAUAUCAGAGAACGGCCGGACAGGACAUCACGGCUUGGCUACACAACGUUGCCGAGCGCGUGAACGAGGUAAAAAGAGAGGGAACUUUUGCCGCACAUAUGACGGACGCCGUCUUGGUCCUCUUGCUAUACUGCAACGCAGGACAAACAACGCUACAGCGCCAGGGUAUUCGCCAAAACUUCGAUUUGGCGAAAGCAGGACAGACAGGGCACAACUCCGAAGUGAUGACCCAACUACUAAAGCGCGUAGCAGCCGAUGACGCGUCGGCAAAAGAACACGACCACGCCGAUGACGAGCAGGGAGAUGCUGUCAUGGCUUACAACAACAAGUUUCAAGGCCGCAAGCCUUGGACGCCCAAGCGCGGAGUACCACAAAGGCAGCGAAACGGAGGUGGCAGAGCCUACGUCGCCGGAGAAGGCCCAGAGCAGGAGCUCACAGAGCACGACGACGAGGACGAAGACCACGACGGGGAAGAACAGUCACCGGGGGCGCACACCGAAGAAGAGGGUGACGAAGAAGAAGACGGCGACGAGGUAGCAGCCUACCUGGCAAGCAACCAGUGCCGCCGCUGCGGGAAGACGGGACACUGGGAAAAGGAUUGCCGACAGCCCAAGAAGUGGGGCGGCAAAAAUAACAGCAGACCAGGUGGCAACAACAACGGCAGCCAAGGCUACCGUCGUCAAGGAGGUUACAACAGUAACAAAACAGGCAACAGCGGCAACUACGGAGGCCGCAAGCCAAACGGGGGAGGAAGACAAAACAAAACCUACACAGCAAACUUAUCGCACCAGAUCAGUUUGCUAGCAAAGGUAGAACCAGUCGAAGCAGCAAUCGACACCGGGUGCGGCGUAAGCUGCGUGCCCGAACCAAGGUUCAACGACUUUCACAACAUGUACCCAGAGCGUGUUUUGAAAGUUGAAGAGGAAGCUGCAGGGGGCAGCAUUUCGUUUGGAAACGGCGACGGAUGUCCAGUAACGAAGCGAGCGACGGUGAAUAUUGAAGGUUUCGGUCCGCGAAUCUUCCGUAUUUUCAGCCCGCCCAAAGGACUAACGCCGAACCAAAAAGCAGACAUGCAGCAACGCAUGUCAAGAGUGCCAUUCUUAUUAGGCAAUGAUAGUCUUGGAAGUGAGGCUAUUAUUGACUACGGGAAGAACACUCUGAAAGUCGGAAAGAAGAGUUUGAGUUUUCGCCGCCGCGGAGGUCUUAUCAUGUUCAACAUGGUAGGCAACACACAGGCAAACUUCGCAUACGAUAUCUCCGGAAAUCUAUGCUCGUUUGCAAAGUACGCAGCCGCUACGAACGCAAGCCAGGGAGCGGCUUGGGCAGCCAAAUUUAAGAUUGCCAAGAUCUUAAUGUGGAUCAUGUUCAUGCUGCUUAUGCUAGCAGGUGACGUGGAAGCCCAACCAGGACCCGUGACUGUACAUCACUGGGCAGACGAGCACGUGUGUUGGCGCGGCGAGUGGCAACGCUCGGACCUAGAAGAGCUGUGCAAAGAUGCAGCGAGUGUAACGAAGCUACACAAACAGUUGUGGCAUUACAAGUCCGACCAAGCGUGUUCUCACUUCAAGCACCUACUUGAAGAUGAUGACACACUUGCGCGAAAGUUCCGACAGGCUUGGGACUUAGCAGUUGACAGAUGUACCAACUGCAACAACCAAAAACGUUCCUUGCCGCAUCCGAAAACGGGAAUCAUCGCAAGGAAUGUCAACCAGGUGGUGGGAGCAGACGUCUUUUACUUCACAGUAAAAGGCUUACAGCGAGCAAUCCUAAUUCUGAUAGACUAUCUCUCACGGUUCACGAUGUUUUACGCCCACGAAAACGGCGGAGACAUCAACGCGGAAGACACGCUUCACGCGCUCCAUGAGUGGAUGUUUGUCUUCGGAAGAUUGCCCAUGUAUCUCCUCACCGGACACGACAAGCCGUUGGUAAACGAGACAGUUCGCGAGUUCUUAGCCACAGGACCUCACCCGUGUACCCCAUUGACAAGUGCUGACUACGAGCACGCGACAACGGGACUCACCGAGAAACAUAUCCAUGUGAGCAAGAUCAUCGGUGAACUUGUGCAGAAAGAAAUCCCGCUAGAUCAGAUGUCCAGCUUACGCGUUCGCGAUGUUCUAUUGGCGACCGGGUUAGCGAAGAACAGUCUGGUAGGCACACACGGCCUCUCGGCACAGCAGACGGCACUAGCGACCACUCACUUCGUGGGUGAUCCCUUACAAGCCGCAAGUUCGACGUUAGGUGCGUACGGAGACCCAUCCGAACUGCCACGUAAGUUAGCAGUUCAGAGAAUCUCGCUACAGCAUUUGGCAGCACAGGCAGCAGCGAAAGUUCACGCGAGUGAACAACUGCAGCAACUGCUAAAUAUGCGUCUACGGUGUUCAGAUUGAUACAGCAGUCUACUCACCAGGUGACCUUGUCGAGGUACAGCCAGCGAAACCGCAAAAAUUUGACUUCGGUCAGACUAGGUGGUUCCGAGCAAAGAUCAUCGACACAGGAGAUCCAGGGCAAACAGGUGAAUCUUCGCGCAUGGUGACAGUUAAGUAUCACGGGUCAGACAAAAUUGACACUGUGCAUCGAAAACGAAUUCGCCCAUCGCCAUUAGACGCGCAGCAGAUCUUUUUACCUAGAGGACACGAAACACCGAGUAACGCAAACGAGGAAGAAGCCGGAGAGCCCGAGGAAACCGACCAACGAGUACCGCUGACAUUGUCCAACAUGGACAUGAACAAAACGGAGGUUGGUAAAACGGUCAACAGGUUCGCAAGACAGUUUCGACUGCUUUGCGACACCCCAGGCAGACCUGUAGAGGUCGACGCAGGCUUUCUCUCAGCAGAUCUCGAAGCGAAAGUGGCGCGUGUGAUCAUCGCGAAAGACGUUCACGACGCACUGCCUUCUAUCGACGACUGCCGGCCUGAUGGUGAUGAGAUUUUUCAGGUGACAGCCUUCGGGUAUACACGUUGCCGAAAUGCAGUCUCAAUCCCCUUCAGCAGUGAAGAGUUAGAAGCAGGCAAAAAGUUUGAAUUAGUUGUAAUCAUCUACUUCAAACAGGGGAACCUACCGGCAGAGAACCCGCUACAGCCGCCUCAGGUUGAAGCGAGAGCACCACGCGAAGCCGACGACGAGAGCCCGGAGCCUCUAGAAGACGAAGACGCAGUCUUAAAGGACUUGAACAAGAGAAACUUUAAGGCCGUACCACCCGCAAAGCAGCGCCGUGAUCAAGUAGGAUCUUUAACGGUGCGGGAACUGCGGUGGCUACUCAAGAAGUACCGCCUACCCACGAAAAGCACAUCUGCAGGGAUGCGCGAAAGCCUAAGGGUGUACUACGACGAACACCCAGAGAACGAAGGUGAACCAGAAGCAGACCAGAGUGACCCCGCCGAAAACGAAAACGACGAUGCCCAGCCCAUGGACAUUGGCGAGGGAAUUGCACUAGCAGCAAUCUCUGAUGUUGUCGAAGUGUUAGGACACAGCCCAGAGGCAGACAUCGACGAAGUAGGAGUCGAAUUCGAAAAGGCGUACCUGGUCAGAAGGGAGCUCACGGUAGCAGCCGCGAAGAAGCACCUUCACUACGCCACAGCAACACAGAGUGAAUUGACGUCCAUCGUGAAGAAUGGAGUUUUCACCAUCGUAGAUCGGAAGGAAAUCAAAUCGAAGGGUAUUGUUGUCCAAUCGCGAUGGGUAUUCACCGAGAAGAUAUUGAUAAUCGCUGGUCAGAUGUCGCUCAAAGCACGACUAGUGUGCAAAGGGUUCACCGAAGAAGGCCUAAGUAAGUUACAGUGUGAGGCACCAACAGCGAAGAAAUGGUCUACUAAGGUCAUUUUCAGCUUAUCGCAGGUUUGGGGAACUCCACUAUGUUCGUUGGAUGUCAAGACUGCAUACUUGCAAUCUGACACACCUGAAGGGAAACAGGACCAACACGACAUAUUUGUAGAGCCUCCGAAGACCGCGAACCCCCUUCGCCCACGCGAAAUCUUCAAAAUGGCCAAGCACAAACACCUGUACGGCAUGAAGAGAGCCGGAAGAAAGUGGUGGGAGACAUUGGAUGCACAUCUUCGAGAACAGGGAUGGACUCGAGACGAGAUUGAUCCAUGUUUCUAUACCAAGCGCGAUGGUGAUGCAUUGCUGGCAUUACAUGUCGACGACAUGGUCUUUACCGGUACGGACGAACUCUGCGACGAGUUACGGACCAUGUCAGGCAAAUUCGAAGUAGGGACAUUCGACGGAAUUCCAGGCCCCAGGGGAAACUUAAACGGAAAAGCUAAAGAGAGCAGCUUUAAGUUUCUAGGCUCGGUAGUAUCAAGAGUCAAGGGCAGACUGUUUGCUUCACAAGCAGCAUACCACGAAAAGUUUUCCGAGAUUGCCCUUCCCGGACUUUAUGAGGAGAAGGACACAUUGCCGCGAGCUUUGCAAUCCGCAGCACGGUCUUCACUAGGGCAGCUGUUGUGGCUCGCAAUUUUCACCCGACCUGAUAUAAUCUUUGAUUGUAUCGAGGCCGCAACGGUGAUUACGACCUACUCCGGCACUGUGAUGCUAAACAAAGUAGUAAAGUAUCUACGCUACACCGGCCCAAUUCAGAUCGUAUAUUUGCCUUUCCACUCGAGUGAAGUUCUCAAUAUAAUUUUGAUCUUCGACGCGAGCUUGGGGAGCAAAUCUGGCGAUGUACGACCGCGAAUGGCAUCGAUGAUUGGAUUCUCGCCCGCUAUGCGAGGAGAUGACCCAUUUGCGAUCGAAAGUGCUGAAUGGUUUCCAUACCACAUAAUUCACUACUUCAGUCGCAUCCAGCGUCGUGCCACGACAAACAGUCUCUCAGGAGAAUCUUUCGCAGCGCAUGAAGGAUUGGACCUUAUGGGCGCAAUCCGCAUGCAGGUAGCACGGCUUGCAUCUACGAAGAUUUGCUGCCAUGUGAUCUCAGACUGUGACACGCUUCUGCGGUCAACUUCGUCUGUUAAUCCACAGAUCACAGAGCUAAUGCUUCUUCCGAUGAUCAAGAAGCUACAGGAGCAGAUCAGUACUCUGGAGGCACGUAAGUACCAUAUUCCAGGCGUAUUGAAUCCGACGGACGCGAUGACGAAACCGCGAAAGAGGGCAGCUAGAUCGCUACAGCAGCUUCUCGACAUCAUGAAGCCAGGAAAGUUGCGGCCGCAAGUUUUACAGCUGCGGCGCAUCGAAGAUCGCGCUUAGGCGUGAUCACAAAGGAACAUAAAACAUUGUUCUAGAAGGGAGAGGACGACACAGAGACAAAUUCAUGUCAUCUGGAUCAUCCUAAUUGUUUUGAUUUUUUGGACAUUUUUGACCUUUGAAACAAAUGACACGAUCAGAGACAACCCGCCUUAUGUCAUCUGUUUUGUCUUUUGAUUUUGCAAGAGGCAAAUUGUUUUUGGCCCCCCCCCCCGGGAAAACGCGGCAUCACCAUGCAAAGUGAAAAGCUUAGCCAUAGUUAUAUAUAUUUUUUAGUUUCGUAUACUAUAAAUAUAUAAUUCCUUUUCUAGUAGCUAUCAAGAUGGCGACCCGUGGUAGAGUCUACACUGUGCCUGAGCGAGCACUUCAGCGAGCUUUCGAACGCGGUUUGCAAAUGACUGGCGUACGAAAUGAAGUGGAGUACCAGCGAUACGUCCGAACCUUAGCGUUGGGGCGAAUCUUACACCGGACCAGUGAAGUACGCACCCGCUGGGAGGAAGUGUUGGAAACCAGUGCUGCGCACUACAAAGCACUCACUCCCAACAUUCAGCUACCUGAAGACAAGGAGGAUUUGUGGUGUCUUGCAUUCAUGGGACCAGGAGGCCGCCAAACCCAAGCACAACUACGCCAGGUGGGCACGACACCAAAACGCCGGCACCGCCGCAAAACGGUGACACUUGUACCGAACAAGAAGAAGACGAUACAAGUACAACACGGAGACGACAACGAAGACAGCAGCUCCAGUGAGUCGUCUACAAGUUCCUCCUCUGAUUCUUCUGAGGAUGAACCACCAAAGAAAAAGCAGCAGAAGACAAGCGCGAAAAAGGAGACGAAGACCCGAACUGACAACGACCUACUGUCAAGUUCGGAAGAGUAGGAGCUUUUUGAAGAAAGUAAAGAAGGCGAAAGUAAAAGAAAGUAAAAGUGAAAGAAAGUAAAACUAAAGGAAAGUGCAGAAGGUUUAAGUAAAGAAAGUUAAAACAAAAGAACGUAGAGCAAAACUUUUUUAAAAGAAAAGAGCUAGCGCCAGUUUGCAUUCGGAUUAAAAGGCAAAUCUCAUCUACCAUACGUAAGCCGCAUGUAGAUUCGAUUUUUUUUUUCCUUUUUUUCUUGGGUUGCUGGGAUGUCAAUGCCCAGAUCCCGAAUACAAACGUAAGAACAAAGUAACUAGAUCACCAGGAGGAUAGUGAGGAAGAUCAUGAUCACCACUAGGAAAAUGAUCAAGAUCAACAACAACAAGAACAAACAGCACAACGAUCAAACAACUAGCACCAUUAGGAUCAUGAUCACACUACUAGGCUGACUAGCUUACUAAACUAAACAACUACCAUGACCACACAAGAAGACAACAACAACAAGGAGCAAAAACCACAAUCACGAUUCUCAUAAUGAUAUCAGUGGCCGGCCAUCUGGGCUAUUGCAUAAAACAAAGACAGUCACGCUAGUGCCGUGAUAUAAGAGCGAUUGUGUGUCAAGGGUGCCACUGUGUUCGCUACUUCAUAAACUUAUCUUUUUUUAAACUUAUCUUACUUUUUAGCUACUUAAAGCUGAUUCAUAUUUUAAUUUUCUAACCUUUAGUCUUUCGUUAUGAUUAAUGUGAAUUCACUACAACUAGUUAUCCUUUAGGCCCUCCUCUUCCCUUUUAAACUUCAAAAUCAUGCACUCCCAUAACUCACAAUCACCUCAUUAUGUAUCAUAGCACAAGACAGCCAGCAGAAUGCGAACGGGAAUGGCUGGAGCAGAAUGGAUGUGGAUGCGGAAAUCACUACUCAAAACUAACAUAAUAAUCUUACAUCUGGGGAACAUCUUUUAUAUACUAUCAACAUCGCAUCGUCCUCAUGAUCGUCAUCCUCAUGGUCAUGCGACUUUGUUGUAUCAUGUUCAGCAUUGAAAUCAUUGAAGAAACAGUUGUGAGAAGUUUGAGAUAAAAAACAGGUAAGCAUUUGGAAUGUUGCGCUUGAGCGUGAAGAGGCUUGCGUUGCGAAGGCGGGA